AUGCUUGGCCUCCUCGCCACCAAUUGCGAUUGCUCCGGCAUCUCUAUCAACGAGACCGCCAACUCGAUUACUCUGUCGGCAACAGAUGCGAAUCCAGAUAUUUCAGGUAUCGGUGUUAUCGCGGCCGCAUGCACCACAGCCAUCGUCACCGCAGCGACGUCAAUCUUCUUGCUGGUCUUGAAAUGCAUCCACUUAUUCUGGAACACGCCCGAACAGGUCCAAGCCAGAGCAGCAGAGAACAAAUCCGAACCGAGGCACAUCGCCGAGGCGAUGCUGCUUACGUUGAGUGACCAACAGCUCGUCAUCGCACCGGCAACCUUAAUCACCGCCGGUCUCGAGAUCAACUGGUGCACCCUCAGCGCUUAUCACAUGAACAUUGUGUGCUACACUGCUGUUUUGGCCAUUGUCACCCAUCUCGGCAGUCUCGUUACGCAGUCGCAUUACUUCCAGUACAGGGCGGUUGGAACCUUCAGGGCCAUCAUGAUCCUAAUCACAGUCGUUCUAACAGCACUGUUCGCCAACAAGAGAACAUCCAAGUACUUUCCAGUGACGAGCGACAGUCAACUACAGGCUGCUCCUGCGGCCUGUCUUGUCAAUAACAAUUCAACGCUAUGGGAUAAUCUAACUGAUGGCGACAAGGAGGUCGUGACCAACAGCGGCGUCAUCGAGUUUUACUUUCUCCUCGCCAGUUACGUUCUCGCUCUCAUUAUUGCAGUGGUCCACAGCCGACACAUCGUGCAUAAGGGCAGACACGUCGGGAGGCAAAGAGUGUCAUGGUUUUUUUGCGUGGCCGUCAUUCUCACCUGUGUCGUCAUUCUUGGCAUGACUUUGUACAGGCUUGUCAAUCUACGAAACUGGAUGAUCGAGGACUCGAAGCUACUUACCGACGGGGACACGGAGAAUGAGUGGGGAUUUGGUCAACUCCUCCCAAUAUUCUUAUUUGGAGUCAUGACCGUUUAUGCUCUGUUGGGGGCAUUUUCCGAUUAUAGGCAAGAGAAGCCCUUGUACAAAGAGAAAGGCCGCACUAGCCCCACCUGGUCACGAAAGGCGGAUGCUGAGCAACAGCUACUCGAUUAUCCACUCCAGAACGGAACUCAACAAGGCUACUAG